AUGCAAGCGACAUCACCCAACAAGAUCGGGACGACCUUGGGCAGGAAGGAGUGCGGGUCGAUGAGAAGGACUUGGGUGGGAUCGACCUCCUUGCGUCGGAAAACGCGCUGGGAUCGACUGUUUACACGCGUGUCGACAACUCCGACUCGCCCCCACACUCCACCCACCGACAACUCUACGAGUCUGCGCGCCCUGCGCAGCCCGCGCUCACUCCGCCCAACACUGCCAGACGAGAAGGCUAUCUCAAGUACAUCACGCUUGACGCUGAGCUUCGGAAAUCGCUCCGUGCCAAGCUGUUUGGUCGCUUCCUCGAGUUUCGCCACCACAGCAAGCUCCAUCUACGACCGCUCGUAUCGGAGGACGAUCUCGAUGACCACGAUGCUCCGCCGCCAUGUGCGUGCAGUUGCAGACUCACUCGCGAGAUCAUCUUGUACGAUGUGACGGCAUGUACGUGACAAGGCAGCUCAGCUUCACUGUCCCGGAGUUUCAGUCACGAACCGAGCACUGAUGCGCGUCUCCCUCUUUACCUGUGCCUUCAGUCUACAAAUUGCAGGUCACCUUCUGUGCAUCCGAGGCGCGGUGUGCUACGGACGUCGAACGCUUGGCCCAACUAGGCUUCAUCUCUUCGACCGCUUUGAUGCCGAUGACCGCCUUCUCAUUUCGACUGGUCGAGCAGGCCCACGCGAGCUGGAAGGUCAACCCACGCGCUCUCACCGGCUAUGCGGACGGCCUCAAAGAGUUUUACUCCCGUUGUGGGUGGGGUCGAGGUCACUACACGGGACAUCCUUGGGUGAGUUUCAGACGGCGCCAUCGUUUUAGGGGCACAUGCUUAAAGCCUGCCUUCCGCGCAUGCAGGACAACGACCUUCGGAAGCAACUGCAAAGGGCGAUCGACGAGUUCCGCGCUCUCGAAACAUGCGAGAAGGCCGACAGCGGGGACCUUCUUGUAGGAACCGUCGAUUCGUAUUCCAACAAGUGUCCCGCGUGCUUCGGGCCAACACGGCAAAAUCAACCUUGUCACGACGUCACAUUGGAUGGCGUGCUUGCAUACGACGGCAACUUUCAGCAAACGCGUGAGAAAAACUCGAAGCACGACGUCCAAGGAAUCGUUCCGGACAGUUUCUUGAGUGAGGAACAAGUUCAGGCGAUGAAGGCCGAGGUUGAAGCUUCGGUACGACCGACCAAAAAGGUGGGUAGUGCCGCUCUUUGCAGUUGCCUUAAUGGGAUCGCUUACCUCUACACCCACCCAUCGUCAUAGGCGUGCACAGAGUCGUGGAAGGCUGCUGCCGACGACGGAGCUGGCUCUACCUCGUCACCAGUAGUCGACACCGGACUCGUUGCCUGCGUAUGCCGUCAUGAUGUAAACCUGAAGAUGGUCAAUCUUGAGAGGUCUGGUGAAGAGUGA